AUGCUUCACUUCCCAUGGGGUGUGGCAGUUUUCCUUCCAUUCCUUCUGGGACAAGCUCCUGACCCUCAGGAUUCUUGCUACGAUGCUAACCGGCGCCCGCGCUACUGCCUGCCUGAGCUGGCCGAACUGGCAUCAGGCCGUCUGGUGGUAGCCUCCAGUACGUGCAGUGGUCCUCCUGGGCGAUUCUGUGCCUUUCGGGAUUCGACCGACCCGGCCUCCAAAUUCUGCCAGGGUUGCCGAGAAAACACCCACCGGUCAGAGCAUCUCACCGACAGUGAUGGUGGUACGACGUGUUGGUGGUCUCAGCCGGCAGCCAACGCCACGCUUACUUUGGCUUUGGGGCGGCGAAUGGAAAUCCUUUAUGUGGCUCUCCGGUUCUGCUCCCCACGGCCAGAUUCUUUGGCCAUUUACAAAUCCAUGGACUACGGACACAGCUGGAUGCCUUUUCAGUUCUUUUCCACCCGCUGCUGGCGGCAUUACCAUCUGCCGCCAACCACCACCAUUGUGAAAAGCAUGGAACACGAGGCAGUUUGUAUUGAGGCUCAAACUGCGCCCAAGCCUCUCGCAGGGGGGCUGGUGGCCUUCAUGCCCCUCGCAGGCCGCCCUUCGGCCCAGAAGUUCGAAUACAGUCCUGUGCUCCAGGACUGGGUGACAGCUACUGACCUGCGUGUGUCCCUUGACCGCAUGCACUCAGCCCGGACGCUGGGGUUGCGCAGGAAAGAGGCAUCCUAUGGAGUAGCCGAGCUGCAGGUUGGCGGCAGAUGCAAAUGCAGCGGACAUGCCUCACGGUGCACAGCUGGGAAAGAUGGCGGGGUACCCCAGUGUGAUUGUCGGCACAACACAGCCGGCCCUGAAUGUGACACCUGCAAAGCUUUCUACUGGGAUAGGCCCUGGCAACGGGCAACCCCCAAAGAUGCUCAUGAGUGUGUGGCCUGCAACUGCCACCACCAUUCCCAUCGCUGCCGCUUCAGCAUGGAACUCUUCGAACUCUCGGGGCGCCAAAGUGGGGGCAUCUGCUUGAACUGUCGCCACCACACAGCUGGGCGCCACUGCCAGUAUUGCUUGCCGGGCUUUAAACGUGAUCUCAGUCGCCCUGUGACCAGCAACAAAGCCUGCAAAGCUUGCCAGUGUCACCCUAUUGGGGCCAUCGGGGCCAUUUGCAACCAGACCACCGGGCAGUGCCAAUGCAAGAACGGAGUCACCGGCCUGACCUGCAAUCGAUGUGCCCAGGGUUUCCAGCAAAGCCGCAGCGCUCGUGCACCCUGCAUUCGAAUUCAGGAAGAGAUGACAACUACAGUAAUCCCACCGCAGGAAUGGAAUGCAGGUACGGAAUGUCAGAGUCAUUGUUCACCACCACAAAGACGUGUCCACAUGAACUUGAGGAACUAUUGCAAGAAGGAUUACGUUCUCCGUGCCCAGCUGUCGGCCAUAGAGAAGUCUGGGGCAUGGUGGCAAUUUACAGCCUCAGUCCUCGCUGUCUACCGCCAGCGUCAUGUGCCCAUUCGUCGGGGAGAGCAACCGCUGUGGGUCCCGGAACAAGAUUUGGCGUGUCAGUGCCUCCACCUCCAAGUGGGCAAGUCUUACCUUAUCAUUGGCAACGAUGAUGAGUCACCUGACCCUGCCCAGCUAAUCCUUGACAAAAACAGCCUGGCCCUGCCCUGGAGGGAUGCUUGGGCACAUAAGUUGCGGAGUUUCCAGCAGCAAAGCAGGCAUGGAAAAUGCUGGGGCAUCUGAGCCAGAGAGGUAGUGGAAAGCCAGGCUGAAGAAACAGACCUGGGGGACGAGAGCGUUAUCCCCCCUUUGCAAGAUGGAGGAACUCAGCUGAACUAGAAACUUGAUUUUGGAGGGAUUAAUGGAAAAUAUUUGGGCAUGAGAAGCUGCCUAAACUGGCUGUGAGCGCUGGAACAAAGAUGGAGGGUUCUUCCUUACAACUAGGUUAAAGCACCAUCCACCAGCUUCUGAGCCAGCAGGAGAUUAUCCAAGCAGAACAUUUCAGCUUCCCAAGCAGGCCCUAUCCUGCCACAAGGACAAUGCCAGCAAAUAAUGCUAUCUUUAUUUACCACAUAUUGGAAGAGUCCCCUGGCUUUGUUUUCCUUCUCCCCCACCAGCCAGUGGGAAGACGUUCACCAAUCACUCUUCUUAAGGUAGGACUGGGCUGGGACAGGGGUGAAGUUGAGUUUUGACAGAUGGCUAAAGCAUUAGUCUUUGUCACCUGUCAAAACCCAGUAUUUUGGGGCAAGUCUUUUUCACAGCUACAUUCAGAGGGGACCCCACUAACAACUGACAUCAGCUGAUAGUCCGAUUUCUUUUGGUCAUGAGUUUGGCACUCUUCGAGGGUAAUGUCUAACUUAGUCAACAAUCAGUCCUGACAGUAACUCUUCCUGUGAGCCCCUGAAAACAAAAAAUGUCAAAGUAGUUAAUAAUUGAAAUGUACUGCACCUUUAAAAAAGCUGUAUUAUGUCAAAAGAUAUUUUAAACAUGGCAAGUUACUGCAUGCCCAUAAAAGAGAAGUUCUCAGACACUGCGGUGUCAAGAACCACUAAAAUUUCAAAUAGGUUUGACCUUUCCUGUCACCUUGAUAUCAUACAUUCUGCUCUAAAUAAUACAAUUGAACUAAAGCUAAAUUGAAACCCUCGAGAAAUGCAGUGGUUUUGGAAUGUAAGACUGACAGAAAAAUGUUUGAUAUAAAGAAUUCCCUUUGAGCUGGAUGGCAUUUCUUGAUAAUAAAAGGUUAGAAAAUU